GAGGCGCCAAAUGGAUAUUCAUUUUUUCCAGGAAAUUCAGCGCACGAUAAGAAGUGUUUACUAACUUGCGCUUGGUAGAAACGAUGAUUCUAGGUUUAAGGAUAAACACUAAUCGAGUGAGUUUUAAUAGUACUUGUGAUAAUUUGUUGAUUAAUAAGAUUAGGUCAAACUCUAGAAGGGGAAAUUUGGUUUUUGCGAAGACAAUUUCAUCGAAUUCGGAAGAAAUUGAUGAGAAAUUAGUGAAGAAUGAGAAGAAAAUAUCUGAUCAGUCUUCAUGGGAAGCUAAAGAUUCAGAAGGGAAAGAUUAUUUGUAUAGGUUGGGUAAAGAAGCUGAUAAUAUGAAUAUCUCUGUUGGAGCCAGAGCUGGAAUUAUUGAUGAUCUUUUCGUUGGAAGUUUUCUUGGAAAAGACUCGGAUAUUGUGUUUGAUUAUCGGCAAAAAGCGACUCGAACGUUUGAGUAUCUUCAAGGUGACUAUUACAUUGCUCCAGUAUUCAUGGAUAAAGUUGCUUGCCAUCUCGUGAAGAACUUCAUCGUUAAUCAACUCAAUGUCAAAGUCCCUUUAAUCCUAGGUAUUUGGGGAGGAAAAGGACAGGGGAAGACUUUUCAGACAGAACUUAUUUUCCGGGCAAUGGGAGUUGAACCAAUUAUUAUGUCUGCAGGGGAACUAGAAUCAGAAAGAGCAGGAGAACCAGGACGAAUGAUCCGUGAGCGAUACCGAACAGCUUCACAAGUGAUCCAGAACCAAGGAAAGAUGAGCUGUUUGAUGAUUAAUGAUAUCGAUGCUGGGCUAGGUAGACAUGGACACACUCAGAUGACAGUCAACAAUCAAAUUGUUGUUGGUACACUGAUGAAUUUGUGUGAUAAUCCUACGAGAGUUAGCAUUGGCCAAGACUGGAGAGCAUCUGAUAUGACACAUAGAGUUCCUAUAAUCGUUACAGGAAAUGACCUCUCGACAAUCUAUGCUCCCUUGAUUCGCGACGGAAGGAUGGACAAAUUUUAUUGGCAGCCAACUCGUGAAGAUAUCAUAGGAAUUGUCCACCGAAUGUACGAGAAAGAUGGUAUACCAAGGGACGCAGUUGAGAGCAUCGUGGACACCUUUCCUAACCAAGCCUUGGAUUUUUAUGGAGCUAUGAGGUCCCGCACAUACGAUCGGUCUAUCUCUAAGUGGGUAGAGGAAGUUGGUGGUUUUGAGAAUCUUGGGAAAACACUUCUCAAACGAAAAAAAGAAGGCAAGCUUCCUACAUUCAUUCCCCCAGAGCAAACUGUGGAAGGUUUGCUGGAAUCAGGUAACUCUCUCAUCAAAGAACAACAACUAAUUAUGGGUACCAAACUUUCCAAGGAAUACAUGAAAAAUCUUGAUGAUUAAUUGAGCUUUCGGAUUCGUGUAUUAUGUUGUUUGUUACCCAUAGUUUAACAUAUUAAAAGCAAGAGCUAUUUCGCAUAUGGGUCGUAUGUGUUGGUAUCCAAACACCAUAGUGUAAUGGAGUUUUUUCCAAUAUUCUUUACACUUUUGCUUAAUUUAUUGACUAUAGAGAAUAAUUCUCGUGGAGAGAAUAUUCUUGACCCCACCAUUCUGGAUGCGCAAUAAAAGAAACUUUUUUUUUUU